UAUAACCCAGAGGCUAUGGUGUUACCUCCACUCCGCACUCCGCUGCUCCCAUCUGACCGGGUAAGAGACCUCGCGGUCAAUCUCCAGCUCUCCAGCUCCAUCACCGAGAGCCAGCGCAGGCGUGGUGAGUGGAACCGCAGGCAGGGGGCGGCAACAUGGCGGUGACAGCAACACAGACACGGAGACGCGCAUUUCAGAGAGCGGCACUCUCACAUACACACAGCUUUGUGUACACAGCACAGGUCAGUCAGAGCUCAGUUAACCGGCUGGCACCGGCAACACACCGGACUCUCUCACCGGAACUCUCGAGAGUGGAUUUUACUGACAGAGAGUGAUUUCUUAUUUGCUUUUUGUUGUUGUUUUCCGCGGCUUCGAGAGUGUUCUUCUCUUUCAUUUCUUUUUGAUGCUCCAGAGCAGUGACUGGAUUUAUCACAAGGAGAAAGCGUUUAACUAGCUCCUAAAGCCGCCCGGUUCGGGUGGAAAUGACAGGCGAGAGACCGGUGACAAUGCCGGGCUCGAUGUCGCUCUCGGACCGACAACCUCCUCCAGGUCACAGGCAGCACGCGGCUGCAGUCUCCGCUGCCACCGGUGAGACAAUGAUGAUGUCCGGCUCAGGCUCAGUGGUGCUCCCGGCUGGGAUUAUCAAUCCAUCGGUUCCAAUCCGGAAUAUCAAGAUGAAAUUUGCUGUUGUCAUCGGACUGAUCCAGGUUGGAGAGGUUAGCAACCGGGAUAUUGUUGAAACGGUGCUGAAUUUGUUGGUGGGCGGUGAGUUUGAUCUGGAGACAAACUUCAUUAUCCAAGAUGCAGAAAGCAUCGGCUGCAUGGUGGAGCUGUUGGGGCACUGUGACGUCACCUGCCAGGCUGAAAUCUGGAGCAUGUUCACAGCCAUCCUUCGAAAAAGUGUUCGCAAUCUGCAAACAAGCACUGAGGUUGGCCUCAUCCAGCAGGUGCUGCUCAAAAUGAGCUCAGUGGACGACAUGAUUGCAGAUUUGUUAGUGGACAUGUUAGGAGUGCUGGCCAGCUACAGCAUCACAGUGAAGGAACUGAAACUGCUCUUCAGCAUGCUACGAGGGGAAGGAGGCCUCUGGCCUAAGCAUGCGGUCAAAAUGUUGUCGGUGCUGAAUCAGAUGCCCCAGAGACACGGUCCAGAUGCCUUCUUCAACUUUCCUGGUCGCAGUGCAGCAGCAAUUGCUUUACCUCCUAUUGCCAAGUGGCCUUAUCAGAGCGGGUUUACAUUCAACACCUGGUUCAGGAUGGAUCCCCUGAAUAACAUCAACGUCGACAAGGACAAACCAUAUCUGUACUGCUUUCGGACCAGCAAGGGCAUUGGGUAUUCUGCACAUUUUGUUGGUAACUGCUUGAUCGUGACAUCACUCAAGUCGAAAGGAAAAGGUUUCCAGCACUGUGUGAAGUAUGAUUUCCAGCCCAGGAAGUGGUACAUGAUCAGUAUAGUUCACAUCUACAGCCGCUGGAGGAACAGUGAAAUCAGAUGUUAUGUUAAUGGACAGCUCGUUUCUUAUGGAGACAUGGCAUGGCACGUCAACACAAAUGAUAGUUAUGAUAAGUGCUUCCUUGGGUCUUCGGAGACAGCAGAUGCAAACAGAGUAUUCUGCGGACAGCUAGGAGCCGUCUACGUGUUCUGUGAAGCGCUCAAUCCCGCACAGAUAUUUGCAGUUCAUCAGCUAGGACCAGGCUAUAAGAGCACAUUUAAGUUCAAGUCAGAGAGUGAUAUCCACUUAGCAGAGCAUCACAAGCAGGUCUUGUAUGAUGGUAAGUUGGCCAGCGCCAUCGCCUUCACCUACAACGCCAAGGCCACUGAUGCCCAGCUCUGCCUGGAGUCCUCGCCUAAAGAAAAUGCUUCCAUCUUUGUGCACUCACCGCAUGCCCUUAUGCUACAGGAUGUAAAAGCCACAGUGACUCACUCCAUCCACAGUGCCAUCCAUUCCAUCGGUGGGAUCCAGGUGCUCUUUCCGCUCUUCGCUCAGCUGGACUACCAUCAGCUGAACGACAGCCAGGUGGAGCCCACUGUGUGUGCCACUCUCCUGGCCUUUCUGGUUGAGCUGCUCAAGAGCUCAGUGGCCAUGCAGGAGCAGAUGCUGGGAGGAAAGGGCUUCUUGGUGAUUGGAUACCUGCUAGAGAAGUCAUCACGUGUGCACAUCACCAGAGCUGUAUUAGAGCAAUUCCUCUCUUUUGCAAAGUAUCUGGAUGGUCUGACACAUGGGGCACCACUGCUGAAGCAGCUGUGUGACCACAUUCUGUUCAAUGCUGCCAUCUGGAUCCACACCCCUGCCAAGGUACAGCUCUCUCUGUACACAUACCUUUCUGCAGAGUUCAUUGGCACAUCAACCAUCUACAACACGAUCCGUCGAGUGGGCACAGUACUGCAGCUCAUGCAUACGCUUAAGUACUACCACUGGGCCGUCAACCCUGCAGACAGCAGCGGCAUCACUCCAAAGGGUCUCGAUGGUCCAAGGCCGACCCAGAAAGAAGUACUUUCUCUGCGGGCAUUCAUGCUUCUCUUCCUCAAGCAACUCAUCCUGAAGGACCGAGGUGUGAAAGAGGAUGAGCUGCAGAGCAUCCUGAACUAUUUGUUAACAAUGCAUGAGGAUGAGAAUCUGCAUGAUGUGUUGCAGUUGGUGGUAGCCCUCAUGUCUGAGCAUCCAGCCUCCAUGAUCCCUGCUUUUGACCAGAGAAAUGGAAUACGGGUAAUCUACAAGCUCAUGGCCUCUAAGAGUGAAAGCAUUCGAGUACAAUCCCUCAAAGUCCUUGGGUACUUCCUCAAGCAUCUUGGCCACAAGAGGAAGGUGGAGAUCAUGCACACACACAGCCUCUUUACUCUCCUGGGAGAGAGGCUCAUGCUGCACACCAACACUGUGACCGUGACGACCUACAACACUCUGUACGAGAUUCUGACGGAGCAGGUGUGCACACAGGUAGUUCACAAACCUCAUCCCGAACCCGACUCCACUGUCAAGAUUCAGAAUCCAAUGAUUCUCAAGGUGGUAGCCACCUUAUUGAAGAACUCUGCCCCAAGCACGGAGCUGAUGGAAGUUCGGCGGCUUUUCCUUUCAGACAUGAUCAAACUGUUUAGCAACAGCCGAGAGAACAGACGGUGUCUGCUUCAGUGCUCUGUAUGGCAGGACUGGAUGUUUUCUCUUGGCUACAUCAACCCUAAAAACUCUGAUGAGCAAAAGAUCACUGAGAUGGUGUACAACAUCUUUCGUAUUCUGCUCUACCAUGCCAUCAAGUAUGAGUGGGGUGGAUGGCGUGUGUGGGUGGACACACUCUCAAUAGCCCACUCUAAGGUGACAUAUGAGGCACAUAAAGAGUACUUGGCAAAGAUGUAUGAAGAGUACCAGCGUCAGGAGGAGGAGAAUAUUAAGAAAGGAAAGAAGGGUUUGGUCAGCACCAUCUCCGGUCUGUCUGCUCAGGCCCCUGGCAUUAAGGGUGUAAUUGAGAUCAGAGAAAUGGAUGAUAACUCCCAGACGCCUGAGAGUGAGAAAGACUAUGAGAGUGCAGACUCGCGCAACCUACUGGCUGAAGGGAAGGGACCUGAAGAGGGUCUGAGAGGAACAGAAGGUACAGUAGAUGGGGUCAGGGUCGAAGUUCAUGACCUUCUUGUGGACAUCAAGGCUGAAAAGGUGGAAGCUACAGAGGUUAAGCUGGAUGAUUUGGACUUGUCCUCUGAAUCUCUAGGAGUAUCUGAGAAUGGAGCACUGGUGGAGGUGGAUUCUCUGUUGGAUAAUGUUUAUUGUGCUGCUGUAGAAAAGCUCAACAGUAAUGUCAACAGUGUGUUGUUGCCAAAGGGCAGCAUGGAUGACCAAAAUGCACCCCCUCUCAUUACUCUAGAUGAUGAUAAGGACAGCAUCCCUGACAGCAACAACUUCCUUUUUGGCAAGGUGGCAGGCAGCAUGGAAGACAAACUACUGCCUGAUCUCAGUGCAUCUGAGCCUCUGGUGCUGCCCAGCCCAGAGCCCCCAGUCCACACUGGUGCCAGUGAUGAACUAGGCCUUCUUGCUCACAUGGCAGGCAGCUCUGAGCUUGGCUCCUUACCCAGUAUCCUGGGGAAGGGUGAGUUUGAACUACAAGCAGCCUUGGAGGGCGUCAGCUCUGUGGCUGGUGCCGAGGCUAAGGCCUCCUCCAAAAGUCCAGAGGUCACUGACAACACAGCUGCAGCGACAUGUGAAGGGGACCCCUCAGCUGUUGAGAACAGCAGUGCAGCAGAUGCAAAUAGCAACGCUUCUGACACUGAGAGAUCAGAUGAUAGCAAGGACAAGGAGAUGAAGAAGAUUCAGACGACAGCCACCACACAGAGUCUGCAUGGCCGCCUAGCCACUCAGAUGGAAAGGGACAUUCGUGUGGAUUUGGGCUUUAGGGGGACACCCAUGACAGAGGAACAGCGACGGCAGUUCAGUCCCGGCCCACGCACCACAAUGUUCCGCAUCCCAGAGUUCAAAUGGUCAGCCAUGCACCAGAGACUGCUCACUGACCUGCUGUUUGCACUGGAGAGUGACGUCCAUGUCUGGAGGAGCCACUCCACUAAAUCUGUCAUGGACUUUGUUAAUAGUAAUGAGAACAUUAUUUUUGUCCACAACACCAUCCACCUCAUCUCACAAAUGGUCGACAACAUUAUUAUUGCUUGUGGAGGGAUCUUGCCUCUUCUCUCAGCGGCCACCUCUCCUACUACGGAGUUGGAGAACAUUGAGGCAACGCAGGGCAUGUCUACAGAGACUGCCAUCACUUUCCUAUCCCGUCUCAUGGUUAUGGUGGAUGUGCUGGUGUUCUCGAGCUCUCUCAACUUCAGUGAGAUAGAGGCUGAGAAGAAUAUGUCAUCCGGUGGCCUGAUGCGCCAGUGCCUCAGACUUGUGUGUUGUGUGGCUGUUAGGAACUGUCUGGAGUGCAGGCAGAGACACAGAGACCGGGGAAAUAAGUCUUCGAUUCCCAACAACAGCAAGACUCAGGAAAUCCUGCAAAAUGCUCUGAGUUCCAACAAGACAGCCAUAGAGACUGUCCCUAGUAACCUGUCUCCCAUCAAGGACCCUGAUCGCCUUUUGCAGGAUGUGGAUAUCAAUCGACUGCGGGCUGUGGUGUUUCGUGAUGUGGAUGACAGUAAACAAGCCCAGUUCCUGGCUUUAGCUGUGGUGUACUUCAUCUCUGUCCUCAUGGUCUCCAAGUACCGCGACAUCCUGGAGCCCCAGCGUGAGACUGCCAGGAUAAACCAGUCAGGAUGCAGCAUGCGUCAGGAGAUCAACUCACCAACCAGCACAGAAACACCCCUAGCAUUUGACAAUGGUAAGGACCAUCCUGUGCCAUCAGACUUGCAUAUGGAGACCUCCCUUCCCCACACAGACUCUGGUAUUGGAGAGGAGCAGGUAGCCAGCAUCCUUAAUGGGUCUGAUCUGGACCACAGCGCAGGACUGCUCAUAUCUACACUGUCCUCAGAGGUGAAGAAGUCCCAGGAGAGUCUGUCUGAAUCACCCAGUGUGGAGGCACUAAAACCGCCCUCCUCUAUCAUCAGCAUUAGCCAGCCCAACAAGGGCAUCAAUGUGAAAGAGAUUCUGAAGAGCCUGGUGGCAGCUCCAGUGGAGGGCAUGGAGGCUGGGCUGGAGCCCCUGUCCUACCCAGAUCCUGCUGCCAGUGCCCAGGCCCAGGCCAUGCUGCCCAUGCAGUUUCACUCCUUUGACAGGAGUGUGGUGGUGCCUGUGAAGAAAACCUCCCCUGGCAGCCUUGCGGUUAACACAGUGGGAAGCAGCAGCAGCACCUCUGCUGGGCUGACAGCUGGCAGCACCCCUAACAUCUUUGCUGCUGCCUCUGCAACCCCCAAAAGCAUGAUCAACACCACAGGAGCAACUGAUGCAGCCCCCUCUACCUCAUCUUCCUCCAGUUUUGUCAACGGAGCUACCAGUAAGAAUCUGCCGGCCGUGCAGACGGUCGCCCCCAUGCCUGAAGACACAGAAGAAAACAUUAGCAUUACCACAAAGCUGGAGAGGGCCUUAGAGAAGGUGGCACCCCUGCUGAGAGAGAUCUUUGUGGACUUUGCACCCUUCCUGUCACGCACCCUAUUGGGCAGCCAUGGGCAGGAGCUGCUCAUAGAAGGUCUAGUUUGUAUGAAGUCAAGCACCUCAGUUGUGGAGCUCGUCAUGCUGCUUUGUUCUCAGGAAUGGCAGAACUCCAUUCAGAAGAAUGCUGGCCUGGCCUUUAUUGAGCUAAUCAACGAAGGAAGGUUACUCUGCCACGCCAUGAAGGACCACAUAGUUCGAGUUGCAAACGAGGCCGAGUUUAUCCUGAACAGACAGCGAGCAGAGGAUGUCCACAAACACGCAGAGUUUGAGUCCAACUGUGCCCAGUAUGCCGCUGACAGAAAGGAAGAAGAAAAGAUGUGUGACCACCUGAUCAGCGCUGCUAAACACAGGGACCAUGUGACAGCCAACCAGUUAAAGCAGAAAAUCGUCAACAUCCUCACCAACAAGCAUGGUGCCUGGGGGACACUGGCCCAGAGUCAGCUGCACGACUUCUGGCGGCUCGACUAUUGGGAAGAUGACCUGCGGCGGAGGCGGAGAUUUGUCAGGAACCCAUUUGGCUCCACCCACUUAGAUGUUACGUGCAAGUCCCUGCAGGAGUAUGGCACAGAGGAGGACGAGGUGGUCAAGUCUAAGAAAGUCUACCGCAGCCAAACUGUGGCCAGCCAGAACACUGAGACAGAGCUGAUGCUGGAGGGAGAUGAAGAUGCCGUCAGCCUGCUGCAGGAGAAGGAGAUGGACAACCUGGGUGGCCCAGUGGUCCUGAGCAGCCCGGCCCAGCUUGUUGCCCCCGUCCUGGUGGCCCGGGGGACUCUGUCCAUCACCAUCACCGAAAUCUACUUCGAGGUGGACGAGGACGACCCUGCCUUCAAAAGGGUCAACUCAAAGGUCUUAGCAUACACUGAGGGUUUACAUGGGAAGUGGAUGUUCAGCGAGAUUCGGGCAGUAUUUUCUAGACGCUACCUCCUGCAGAACACAGCCAUGGAGGUCUUUAUGGCCAAUAGAACAUCAGUCAUGUUCAACUUUCCUGACCAAGCCACAGUGAAGAAAGUGGUCUACAGUCUUCCUCGAGUGGGAGUGGGCACCAGCUAUGGGCUUCCACAAGCCAGGCGCAUCUCCCUGGCCACCCCUCGGCAGCUUUUCAAAUCCUCCAACAUGACCCAGCGCUGGCAGAGGAGAGAGAUCUCCAACUUUGAGUACCUCAUGUUUCUCAACACUAUCGCAGGGAGGACAUACAAUGACCUGAACCAGUACCCAGUCUUUCCCUGGGUCCUCACCAACUACGACUCAGAGGAGCUGGACCUGACCUUGCCAGGGAACUUCAGAGAUCUCUCAAAGCCUGUUGGUGCUCUGAAUCCAAAGCGUGCAGCAUUCUACGCUGAACGCUAUGAGACUUGGGAAGAUGACCAGACGUCACCAUGUCAUUACAACUCCCACUACUCCACAGCUGCCUCCACUCUGCACUGGCUUGUCAGAAUAGAGCCCUUCACCACGUUCCUUCUUAGUGCCAAUAACAACAAAUUCGACCACCCUGACCGCACCUUUUCAGCCAUUGCCCGCUCUUGGAGAAACUGUCAGAGGGACACCUCCGAUGUAAAGGAGCUGAUUCCUGAGUUCUACUACCUCCCAGAGAUGUUUGUUAACAGCAACGAUUACCAUCUGGGAAUGAGAGAGGACAGGACCAUGGUUUGUGAUGUGGACUUGCCAGCCUGGGCCAAGAAGCCUGAAGACCUUGUUAGGAUCAACAGGAUGGCCCUGGAAAGCGAGUUUGUGUCAUGUCAGCUGCAUCAGUGGAUUGACCUUAUUUUCGGCUACAAGCAGCGAGGCCCCGAGGCGGUGCGCGCCCUCAACGUCUUUCACUACCUGACUUACGAGGGCUCCGUCAAGCUGGACAGUAUCACUGACCCUUCGCUCAGAGAGGCCACAGAGGCACAGAUCCAGAGCUUUGGACAGACGCCAUCUCAGUUGCUUAUUGAGCCACAUCCUCCACGCAGCUCCGCCAUGCACCUGUGUUUCCUUCCACAGAGUCCUCUCAUGUUCAAGGAUCAGAUGCAGCAGGAUGUCAUCAUGGUGUUGAAGUUUCCAUCCAAUUCACCGGUAACACAUGUGGCCGCCAACACCCUGCCCCAUCUUACCAUACCUGCUGUGGUCACCGUCACCUGCAGCCGCGUAUUUGCCGUCAACCGAUGGCACAACACUGUUGGUCUCCGAGGAGCACCAGGCUACUCUCUUGAGCAGGCCCAUCACCUGCCUAUUGAGAUGGAUUCUCUGGUUGCCAACAAUACUGGUAGCAACAAGCGUCAGAUCACAGACCUAGUGGACCAGAGCAUCCAAAUCACCACGCACUGUUUCGUGGUGACAGCUGACAACCGCUACAUACUGGUGUGUGGCUUCUGGGACAAGAGCUUUCGUGUGUACUCCUCCGAGACAGGCAAGCUGACCCAGAUAGUUUUUGGCCACUGGGAUGUGGUGACAUGUCUGGCCAGAUCAGAGUCUUACAUUGGAGGGGACUGCUACAUCGUCUCUGGGUCCAGGGAUGCUACACUUCUGCUGUGGUAUUGGAGUGGACGACACCAUAUUAUCGGCGACAACCCCAAUAACAGUGACUACCCAGCACCACGAGCCGUUUUGACGGGUCAUGAUCAGGAAGUUGUGUGUGUGUCAGUCUGUGCUGAGCUGGGACUGGUCAUCAGCGGAGCCAAAGAGGGUCCAUGUCUGGUCCACACCAUCACAGGCGACCUGCUGCGGGCUCUGGAGGGGCCAGACCACUAUCAGUGCCCACGGCUCAUCUCAGUGUCCAGUGAGGGCCACUGCAUUAUCUACUACGAGAGGGGCCGCUUCUGCAACUUCAGCAUUAAUGGAAAACUGUUGGCACAGAUGGAGGUCAAUGAUUCCAGCAGGGCCAUUCUCCUGAGCAGUGAUGGCCACAACCUGGUCACAGGUGGAGAUAAUGGUGUGGUGGAGGUGUGGCAGGCCUGCGACUUCAAACAGCUCUACGUCUACCCUGGCUGUGAUGCUGGCAUCCGAGCAAUGGACCUGUCACACGAUCAAAGGACUUUGAUCACGGGCAUGGCCUCUGGCAGUAUUGUGGCAUUUAACAUCGAUUUCAACCGGUGGCACUACGAACAUCAAAACAGGUACUGAGGAGAGACAGAUCAACGUAGCAGGAGGCAAGUGUGCAGGGUUAGGAGAAACACCUACCAACCAGUGACCCAGCUGUGCUGUAGAAGAUCCGCAGGGCAUGGAGUAGAUCCAGUGGGCUGGAGAACAUCAGCAUGGUGACACUAAUAAAGAAUGAGGUGUGCUUACAUGUGUUCAUCUGGACUCUAAGGCAAACAUGUUGCUAUGUGUGCGCUGCUGAACAAUGAAUGCAUUUUCUGUCGGUUUUUUUAAGUCUUACCCAAGCACCAGCUGAUGCAUUCCCCGACUGAGUCAAGCAGGUCUGUUGUUCUGGGCAAGGACAGACUGAGAUCAACUUAUGUUAAAACAAUUCUACGGUUAAUAAAACAUACUUAAUGUUAGAUUUUGAGUUCCUGUUUCAAACUGUGAAAAUGCAAAACAAAACUGAAUCCUCUGUUGGGAACAUUUAUACAACAUUUGUAUGGCAGAUACAUAUCUCACUUGGAACACUUUUCUAGAAAAAGUUAAGCUGUACUGUAAAUAUGGACAAUGUAAAGUGUUUCUUCCCUGUAAAGGCUGAGAUUAAAGAUCUAAAUGCUGUUAGACUAGCCACCAUGUUACCAACAUUUCCAUCAUGCAAGCCAUGUAUAAAUGUUCAAAAUGUCUUCAUUGGACUUCAGAUAUUAGUUGGUUAGUAAUACAUGUAUACAACCAUUGUUUGCUCAUUGUUAUUGACAGUGGUCAAAUGUAUGUGUAUGUGAAAAGACAAAAUGUUCAUUGUUAAUUUGUUGUGUUUAAUUGUCUAUCUGGAAGAAAAGUGAAAUUCAGUGUGAGCUUAGUCCUUCGUGAAAAUAUUUGUUUUUGAUCAUGAUGUCAGCAGAAAGGAUAAUAAAUUGUGAUAUUUCCAUAUUUACUUUAAAUUGACAACUAUUUUGUUUAUUAAAAGCAACGAAUUAAAAUUAUUUAUUUUAAGAUCUUAAAAUAAUUCAAGUGGGGCAUUUGAAACAACAACAACGGUUAUCGAUUUUAUUUGUUUUUAUGGUUUUGACUUCUUUCAUCAACAUAUCCAAAGGAUUAGAUGCCAGAUUUGUUGGGUAGUAUCUCAUGACUGUUAAGGUGUUCCUGGUAAAGGCGUAAGACAUAACAGACUUGUGCAUCUCAGUUUUUCAGUUUGCAUACCCUUGCAAAUAUGUUUGCUUGUCCAUUUUAAAUCUGUGUAUUCAUGAACACCAGUCCAAGCUGCAACACUAUCCACUGGUAAGCAAUAUUAUGACUUGGUCACUGAAAAAGUCGAACACAGCUGUGUGACAAAAAAAAAAAUAUAUAAUGUCAACCAAGAUAGCGCUCCAAAAAUGACUGUAGUCUAUUUUUGGUUAUAUGAGAGCUAUAGUGCCCGCAUUUAAUUGCAGAAAAUGAGAUGUCUGUUGCUGUGAGCUGACAAUUUAAAAUGAACAAAAAUAUGCAAAUAGAUUGAGGUUGCAUUCUGAUUUUCUGGUGGUGCUACAAGACACUACCCUACCCAAAGCUAAUGUUUCGCAUGCUAAGAGCUACUGAGGGCGUUAGGUUUACUUUGCUUUCCUGUGAAAUCACUUUAAUUAUUGUGAAUUUAAAUUUGACACAAAAAAAAAAUUGUUAAUAGGUCAGAAUUAAGCAGUGCAUUUUGAUUUCAUGCAAUAUAUUUGAAGAUAUGUUAUGAUUUAUAUAUUUUAGUUAUAUCGCCAGUUGUUUCUGCAUACAUUUUGGGAAGAGGCAGGAUAUGUUUGGAAGGUUAUGUGAUUAUAUUAAAAUUAAUAACUGUAAAU